CACUAGCUAUAAGUGGUCUGAGUCUGACGUGCUUUGUUUUGAUUGAGAUAGUUUUUAUAUAGGUUAAGUAUUUGAUAUUUUGUUCACUUCGAUAAUAAUAUUAUGUGAUAUGCAGAUCUACAUUUAAAUAUAAAAUUCAAUUUAAAUAGCACUUAAGAAGAAUCCUUGAAUAGCUGUAAUCCUAAAAUUAUUAAUACUUAUUUAAAUUUGGAACGCCAUAUGGUCUCCCAUGUUAUUAAAUUCAUACUUUUGAAUUUAGAAUGUCUUUCGAAUCCGAAAAGUCAAUCAGAGACGUAAUUAUUGAUUGUUUAAACCAGCAGUUAAGUGAAUUUGAUUUGUUGAAGUCCAUGUAUCCAAAUGACAAUGAAGUGGUUUUGACAGAUAAUAAUACAAUUAAUAGUAUAAGAAGUUUUUUAGAAAAACAGUCUGAAUAUACACCUUAUCAUUUAGACUUUAUUAUUAAUAUAUUAAUUAGUGGUAUGAAAUUAGAAGUUUGUAUUAAUCUACCCACUUUAUAUCCAAAUGAAGAACCAGAUAUUUAUAUAAGGUGUAAUAAAUUUAACCGACAUCAAGAAUCAAAAAUAAAUUUAGAGUUAUCCAAUUAUAUUAAGAGCAAUCACCUUGGAGAAGUUUGUUUAUAUACAGCAAUAUCCUGGCUGCAAGAUAAUAUUGAUACAUUCAUCGAGAUACCACCAGAUGAUUUUAAUGCAGUGGACAAUACAGAAAAUAAUCAUUUAAAAGAGAAUAGAUUUGUUAGAUUGUGGAUAUAUUCACAUCAUAUCUAUAAUAAAAAAAAGCGAGAUGAAAUAGUAAAAAAGGCAAAAGAGUUAAAAUUGACUGGGUUUUGUGUACCAGGUAAACCUGGUAUUGUAUGUAUAGAAGGAAUGGAUUUCAAUUGUAAUGAAUGGUGGAAAGACAUCAAAUCAAUGAACUGGAAAAAAAUUGCAGUGAGAAAAACAGAAGUGUUUGAUAUUAGUGAACAAGGUAUGCAUCAGAAGUUUCUCAACUUUGAGGAAAAACACUUUAAAAACUCUACCAGUAAACAUUCUGAUAUGAAGGAAUUCUCAAAAUUUAUGGAAGAACAUGGCUUAAGUAAAGCAUUUAAUGAUGUUUUUGGUUUUUGUAAUGACAUCUAGUAGGGCCUUGGAUUAAAUACAAUUUGGGAAUAUCCCAACACUUACAAAAGUUUAGUUUUUUAUUGAGUUUGAAAAAAGAAUAUUUACUCUGAAAUUAAAAAAUAUUUGAAGAUUAUUACUAUAAAGCAAAAUAAAAAUAAAGGAACUUUCAACUUGUGAUCCAAAAAAAAAUUAUUCAAUGUUUCUAUUUUAAAUCUUAAAUUAAAAUUAUUAUGAAGGCCUUUCAUUAUUUAUUAAUAUAAACUGUGUAAAAUGGAUUUGUCAACUAGGUACUGUUAUCAUACCCAUGAUUUGUGAAAGAUUAUAAAAAUUUAAGAGUGUUUUUCUCUAAUCUCUCCCCCCAAUGAAAGGUGUUGAGAUGAAAAAUAUCAUAGACUUCUCUGUAUGUGGCAGAUAUUUGUGGUGCACAAAAUGCAGAAAGAUGUUUUCUAUUUUCCGUGGGCACCAUCUAAUGAAUUUGCCACGGGCCUCUGCUUAUAUAGUUAUGCCACUGGACUGGAUACGCGUUUUGACGUCGCACUUGUGACAGAAAUGUUUCUAACAUUGUGCCGCCAUCUAGUGACAUUUAUUUUUUAGUAGUUUCAAUCACAAAACAGAAAAAAAUAGUUUGUAUGUAAGCCACAGUGUGACUAAACCAAACUUACACAUAGAAAGAGUCUGAAAAAUACUGAUAUCAUAUGCACACAUAAAUAAUUUCAUUCUGAAUUCGAUCUUUGAAAAUAAUUUCAAAAAAGCGUAAAUCACAUUAAAAUUUAAUUAAAAUUCAACUUGUUUUAAAAAAAUUAUAGUUUAAGAAGGUUUAACUUUAGCGGGCGCGUUUUUUGAUUUUAAUAUUUUUAACUAAUACCUCUUGCAUAAAAUAGUGAUCAGUUAAUUGGUUUGUACUUACGUAUUUAUAGUGU